AAAUUUAGCCAUUCACCGGGUAAACCUAAGAGCGCUCAAGCAACCUCGUAUUUUGUCAACAAAUGUCGUCUGCUUAAACUUUGCAAUUUUAGAGUCUGAAAUCAUUUUUUUUUUUUUAUAUAUAUAUAUAUAUUCUACAAAAUGCAUACGGACGAUUUUUCGGCGCUUGAAGAUCCGGGCUCGUCACGCAAGCGGCUAAAGCGGCAUCAGCGUUUCGAACUUGGUACCGAAACGGAAUCUGAGAAGCUCCUUCAACAGAUGCUCAACCGUCAGCUCGACACAAACUUCUCAAUGAGACAGCUAGCCCAGCAGCACAAGAGCUUUACACCUGCCGGAAGCUAUGUCCAGCUCCCAGUUGCAGGGGCCUGCACCCUCGGCGAAUACAUCUCGGCCGGUUCCGAGGAUCAGCAGAAGCAGCAACUUCUGCAGUACGGCCUCACCGACGAAGAGAUUCAGCUCUACCUGCAGCACACACGUCCCAGGAGCACCGAAAAGUUGCACCCGUUGAUGAACCCUGGAGUCCUCGAGGGCAAGCUCGACGAGAUCCGGAGCAAAAUCGAAGAGAGCCGGAGGUCCCAGCUCGCGACGUCCGAAGCCUUCUCGGGUGCCAGACAGCUGACCAGGUCGGAGAUGGACGUCGAAAGAACGCUCUACGCCGACUGCCCCGAGAGGAAACACUACAAGGGACUUGUCGUCGAAGCGCGGCCGCGCACCGCGCCCUUACCCACGGACCCCAUGAGCCACGUUGCCGAGUUCUCCAAGGCGCUCAUGGAAAGGAUCAAGGCCAAGAAGAAAGACCGGAAGUGCACUCGUGCCGUGGAAGACGAGAGCAGCGACAAGACCGCGGAGGAGGCACGGGGCGGGGACGGCGAUCCGCGGCCGGAUCCCACGGUGUUCCACGCCGUGGUUCCGCUCUCCGAGGAGGAGAUCCGAGGGAGCAGGCUUGGCGUCGACGAGAUCCGAGAGCUUCCGAGGUUCCGGAGCUACAGUCCCGGUGCCGAGAGUCGGGUUUUGUACCUGAAGAACCUCCACGCCAAGACCGACUUGAGGGAGAUCAUGGCACUCUUCUGCCGUUACGACCAGGACGGGAACGCCGUCAAGUACCGACUGUUGUCGGGAAGACUCAAGGGCCAGGCGUUCGUGACGCUUCCAAGCUUACAAGCUGCGAGGGACGCAAUGGAACUGUGCAACGGCUAUGUCCUCAGAGGAAAGCCUAUUGUCAUCGAGUACGGGAAGCAGAGGGACGAGUCGUGAAGAGGGUUUAUGCGAGUUGUGUCAUUUUGUUAAACAGCACCUGACCGCUUUGCAGCGCAGCGUACCAUACUCGAAAAGCCACAUGCAACCGUGAACGCCUCCACGCUGGAACAGACAAAUGGAAAUGAAGACGGAGCAACGUCGGGUAAUCCCCGUACUUAGCGGAAGCUGGAUCUCUCUUAGUACCCUUCCUUCCAGGCAGGCUGCAACACGAGUUGCACAAUAUUCGAGCACAAAGCAGUAAAGAAUGCGCAUGCUAAAGCUUCGUGG